CUACAACUCCUUCCAGUGGAAGUUUCAAUGUGGAAUUGUCUACAGCUAACUCGUUCAUUGUCCCCGGUGGUGGUAUUCGACGGCGAUCAAAUCUUGGUCUAAUUUCUUCAUCAAUUAAUCCAAAAAAGAUUUAUGAAAGUUGGCUGAUGACUUUACGGAUUCGUACGUAUUUCGCUAAUUUAAGAGUUGUCCAAGAUCCGGAAUUAUUGUCUCAAUUAUCCUCACGCAUUGAACCCAGUGGUAAAGAUUCAAGAACUGUCCAACCCGCUGUUGUAUCUUCAGUAGGCAAUGCUGGUACCACUACUACCAAGAAUAAUAACAGUUCUGCUAAUGAAGGAAAUGAUCCACAGCAGUUAUAUACAUCCAAUCUCCCAUCCUCCAACAAUAAUACAAAAUUAAAAGGCAUAAAGCUGUCUCUCACAAAAACUUCUGCAGAGUCUGUUAUAGUCGAGUCGAAUACAAACAAAAAGUCUCCACUUAAAGUUAUCAACGUAUCGACAGAAUCCCCAUAUGUACCAUCAGCAACAGUAGCAGCAUCAAUCACAUCUCAUCCAACGUCUACGGAUCCAAAAGAUAUGUUUACCCGACCAUUACUAGGCGCACAAUCUGUUGAAGAUGCUCGCAAACUAUUAGCCCUAAGUGUAGGUGGUAAACGUUCUUCCCAGAGACGUUUACCAGUGUUCACUUUCCCGAAUCACUUUCAUUACAACAAUACUCAUAAUGUCGCUCAGUCUUUGUUCAUUACAUCACCAGUUCGACCAUAUGCUGGUAUUGGAUUUGGACACCUGAAAUCGCAACAUUAUAACAAUUCUAAUGUAUCAUCGUCUAUAGGAUCAUCUUAUCAAGUAAAUAAUAAUACUAUCAUACAAAUGUCAAAUAACAGCGCACCGAAAUUAUCAUCCACCUCUAAUGCUACCAUUUCCACAUGUUCUAAUCAUUUACACCAUCAUCAUCAUUAUAGUAAUACUCAGCUUAUAUGCCCACAACCGACUCGAUGUUAUUCCACUCCUACCGGUACAACAGGCAGUAAAAGUCUCCUGUUGGAUAAUCUUAUCCCAAUACCAUCUCGUAUAGCUAAUAAUAUGAACGAUAGUGGGAAUAGUAAUUCUACAUCGAAUCAAAUGUAUGCUAUGCUACCAAAUCAAAGAGAUUCUUGUCAUUUGCAUCAGCACCAGCAUUCUUUAACUCAUCACCAACAGGCAUCAGCAUCUCCACCUCAUAAUCGAGGCCAAGCAACUAUGAAACAUCAAUAUUUUAGUCAGGCAACACAUCAGAAUACAAAUUAUCAAUACCAACAGCAACAGCCAAACCCUCAGUCUCUAUCGAAUUCCAUUGGAUCUCGUCUAACACUAAAUUCUAAUACUGCUACAGUGUUAUAUCCAUCUUGUCCCGGUAUUUCAUUACAGCAACAGAUGACUUGCCCACAUCGGUCUACUAAUUUAUCUGGUGGAGGUGCCUAUCCCUCAAAUCGGCAACAACAACAGGCAACAGUACAAUCAGGUCGCUUUAGAGAACAAUCAUCGUUGCAACAGCAUCAGCAUUCAGUUUCGUUCAAUUUCGAUGAGAACUAUUUAUAUCCUACUGCAAAUACACUUCCACUUGGUGGUUCAAUGCUGCCUAUACCUCGUAAUUAUCGACAGUCUAUAAUACAAAGAAUAAUUCCACAAUGUAAGUUUUCUAUAUUUGAUUUGAUGGCAUUUUCAGAUUCACACGAAGAUCAUUCAGUCCCAUUACGAGCCAGUUAAUGGUGUUUAAAAUAUCAUUUAAAUGGUCAUAAACAGCUAUUAGAAUUUUUACAUCUAGGCUUCACUUUUAAUUUGUAUAUUGUGCAUGUUAGUGUUGGUUACUAACAUGCAAAAACACUUUGCUAGUGAUGAAGAAUGCUGUACAUUAUGAUAGAUAGGGGGGAGGGGACAGAAAAAUGUUUCAAAAGAAUGUUUAUCAAAGACGUGCUUUAUAAACUUAAAGUUUAUAAGCAAAGAUGGAUAGUGGCUAGCAGUGGAAUUCAGGACGCGCGUUUCGUCCUGUUUGGGACUCGUCAGCCGAAUGUGCCUGCACCCUAGAAUUGAUGUCCACUCCGAGACUCGAGCCCAUUACCGUCCGCUUCAAACGCCAUCGCGUUAUCCACUUAGCUAUUGAGUCCUAAUAGCCACCUGCUUGUGCAAUGGGGUGUAGUUCAAAUUCACUAGAUGUUGUUUGCUUACAUCUUCCCAUUGUUGUCUAGGACUGCAAUCCUCACAGGAUGCACAUAUGCCAACAACAGACUGAUCAAUUGCAGUCUUAGACAACAAUGGGAAGAUACAAGCAUACAACACCUAGUGAAUUUAAACUUAAAGUUUAUUUGUUCGUGACUGUGAUCAUAAACCAAGCACAUUGAUGGAUUAUUUAAAUCCAAUCAAGUAAUUUUUGGCUUUUUAGUCUUUUUGUCACACACAAGUCACUGUAUCUUUUGUUCUAAUAACUAAAUUACUAGUUUUCAUAAAUAACAAAACUGUUUAGAUGCUAUAUUUUUUAAAAUAUGCAUAACUAUUGUUUGUUUACUUCAAUUACAAUAACAUUACUGUCUAUCAUUUUUUCUAUAAUUUUCUACGUUUUCUAAUUAUUAGGUAACAAACCAUAAAGCUUUAGCUCUUAAUACACAUUAUAUAAGAAAGUCCAAAGUUCUUAGAGUAAUGUAAAUAUUUGCUUUGAUGAUCAUCUGUAUGCAAAUCACUAACCAGGUUUAUACACUUAGCAUUUGAACAAUAUACUGUUCGUGUCUGUGUAUGUGUGUAUUGCACCUUGAGAUGAUAACUGAUAUCACUUUAUGAAUUCGCCAUUCAGAGCUCUGAUUAGGAUUUCUCUAUUUCGUGUCUGCUCUCUUACCCAAAGCCUAACGCCCUAGGCGUAAUCAAUUAUACAUCCUGGUCGGUACAAUUAACCUUGAACUAUCGCAAGCUGCAUUCUUUUUUAUCCACCUUUCCUCAAGCCUUGAAUUUGAAGAGACAUUUUCAGUCAAGCAUCUAUUAUUAUCUGUUCUAAUCACCCAGCCCAAUGAGCAAGCAAAGCAAACAACUAUCUCUAACACUCAUUAGAUCAUUUACAUAAACCAUCAAACCGCACAGGACACGAGUGACAGAGAGUGAAGUAAACAACACAUAAUCAAGCAACAAUCAUUGAGGAAUAAUAACAAAACGUAUGACAACAGUUAAUAAGUUAACUGAAAGCUUAAAACUAGGAGAAUGUAGAAAUACAGUGGUACAGUUACCUACUAGUUACAC